CAGAGGAUUCGGCGAUUGUUGAUAUACAAAUACAAUUCGAAGCUUAAUUGCUCAUAGAACAAAUUUUCUGUGUGUUUUCUUCGUGGAGAAUAAUAUCAAAUUCGCUGAGUAUGGCGAGAGAUAGCUGUUUGGCUCGAGUUACUGCCGGAGUUGCCGUUGGUGGCGCUGUAGGCGGAGCCGUCGGUGCUGUUUAUGGGACUUACGAGGCCAUUAGAUUUAAGGUGCCAGGACUUUUGAAAAUUAGGUAUAUUGGACAAACAACACUUGGAAGUGCUGCCAUAUUUGGCCUUUUCUUAGGUGCAGGGAGUUUGAUACAUUGUGGAAAGUCAUAUUAAAUCAUAAACUCCUGUAUUUGGAUCAGACAAUAUUGUUUGUUUUUAGAUUUCUUGCUUUUCAACAUGAAGUUAGUGCAGCAGGCCAUUUGUUUAUUUAAAAGCUUCCAUUUGUGGUUGUUGGUUAAAAGAACAAAGUGGUCAAUUGAUGGUGAAAUGGCUUCACCCUACUUGGAUGUGGGUUUUCAA